AUGUCUCCGUCUUCGGAGCCUUCCUCGACCCUCCUCCAGAUUAUUCCCCUCCCCCUCUUCCAACCCGACCUGUAUGAGCGCGCCUGGGCUUCCGUACCGCACCCGACUCUCCCGCUACUCGCGACGGCCCACUCCAAAGGCGCGACCGUCUUCUCCCUCAGCACCCUCUCGUCUCACAGCACCCUCACCGGUGGCCACGCCCGCUCCGUCCGCUCAGUCGCCUGGAAGCCGGGUCAGCCGCCGCAAAAGCUAUGUCUCGUCACGGGGAGCUUCGAUUCCACCGCCGGCCUUUGGCGCUGGGAGGCUGACGCAGCUCUCGAGGCUGGUGCCGCCGAUGAUUUGGAGGUGGACAUGAGCACCCGCGUCAGUCGUUCGACGGCCGACGGCGAACUCGACUCCGAACCUGACGGUGGCACCGACAAGUCGUGGGAGUUCACUCUUGUUCUCGAGGGCCACGACUCGGAAAUCAAGUCUUGCACCUUCUCCCCCUCGGGUACCUACCUCGCCACCUGCUCGCGCGACAAGUCCGUCUGGAUAUGGGAAGACAUCGGUGCCUCCGAGGACGACGACGAGUGGGAGACGGUUGCUGUCCUCAACGAGCACGAAGGCGACGUGAAAGCCGUGGCCUGGUGUCCGGACGUGCCAGGCCGCAACAGGCGGCGGCACUAUAGCCCCGACGUUCUCGCGAGCGCCAGCUACGACAACACGGUCCGCAUCUGGCGGGAGGAUGGUGACGGCGAGUGGGUAUGCGUCGCCGUCCUCGAAGGCCACGACGAGACCGUCUGGGGUCUGCAGUGGGAGCCACGACCGAGAGAUGAGAACCAGUUCCCCAGACUCCUGACCUUCUCGGCCGACAAGACGAUUCGGAUAUGGUCGCUCAAGGAAGAAGCCGAAGCGGACGACGAUGGCCCCCGAGUUGCUUUCAGCGGCAUCCCCAACACGAUGCGGAAGUCCCUGAGAGAAGAGUGGAACUGCACCGCCGUGCUGCCCAAGGCUCAUGAUAGGGAUGUCUAUUCGGCCACUUGGAGCGCCGACUCGGGUCUCAUCGCCAGCACCGGAAGUGACGGCCGCAUCGCCAUGUACAAAGAAGGGAAUUCGCCGGCGGCUCAUGUUCAUGCCCCUGCAACGAAACUAAACGAUCCCUCGGCGCUCUCGACGUCUUGGGAGGUAAUUGCCACCAUGCCCAACGCUCACGGAGCCUUCGAAGUCAAUCACAUUACCUGGUGCAGACGGUACGAUGCCGGCUCCGAGCGGAGAGGCGAGGAAGAAAUGCUCGUCACGACGGGAGAUGACGGCCUGGUACGUCCGUGGCAGGUUAAGCAAGAACAACGUUAG